AUGCUGCGGUUGACAAUAGAACCAAAUCUUACCACUGAGUUUGGCAUUCCUUCCAAACGUGCAUUCCAUCCACCGUCAGCCCAAGAAGUUGCACGUUCUUUGACCUCUGCAGUCGGCACAGACGAGGCGCAGUUCCUGCUCAAUUUGUGCCUCGACCGAGCAAGCAUAAUCAGAGUAUGCAAGGCUGUUGGGAUUUCGCAGACCAGGCAGGGCUUCAUCCGGCAGAUUCGAUCGCCCGAGGUUCGAAGUCACAUGUGGGUUCCUGCCAGUGUAUACCAUAUGAAGCUAAGCAGUCUUAUCGUAAAGUCGUGA